AUGUUUCGAGAAUUUCUACAACGGAAAUUGCGCCGGCGCUGGGCUCGAAUCCCAGAGACCAACGAAGAUGAUUUCGGAACAUAUUUAUCAGCCGAGUCUCAGAGUGUCGAUGAGACGUAUGGAUUGUCACCCAGCUACGAAUCUUUUACGCCAUUUGGCAGCAUGGCGCCGCCUACUCAAACGAAUGAAACCCGUUCAGUGAUUCCGACAGAAGUCCUCCUGGAAGGAUGCAUCUCACACAGCUCGACCUCGACUGGGAGCUCAGACGCCCUGAGUGCCAAUUCUGAAAAGCUAGCUUCCUGUUCCGAAGAGCAAGAUGCCUAUUCUGGAGAGCCAGAUGUCGACUUUGAAAGGCCAGAAGCCGACUCUAAGUCAGACGCCUAUGCUGAAAAGCCAGAUGGUAUUUGCUUCGCCAAGUACUGCGAGCCAUGCCAAGAGGCCCGUACGUCCCCUGACUACGCCGACCGAAUCCUAAAUCUCAUGAAACCGCUCUAUUGCAUAGCAUGCCGAAAAGAGCAACCCUCGAUCCUGUUUUCCUACUCGUCACGGAGAGAAUCAUCGGCAACACGAGUCUGCAUUAGCCACCAAGGAUACCGGCCUAUUUGUCCCUAUGUAAAAGUCUCGUUCGCAGAUAUCGAAAAGUGGAUGAUAGAAGGCAAGGAGAGGGAAAUCACCUGUCAUAAGGCAAAUUGUCCAGCUGCCACGGCUACUGCACGUUAUUGGACCUCAAAUCAGAGAACCAGAAUGAAGUGGACUGUUACACUAGACUGA